AUGGAUCUCUUGGGCGCUCCUGGGAGAAGCGCAAACAGCCUUGGGAAAAGAAAAUGGCGGCCAUCUCCAGAUGACGAUAUUAGUGUCAACCAAGGACAGUCUGCCCCACCAUGGGCCGGCCUUGCCUCCCGAACAUCAGUUACGCCUGAUGGCGACGCAACAAUCAAGAAACCUAGGAACUCAGCCACGGAUCUGCAAAUGAGUAUGCUAAGAUCAUCAGAGGAUACCCUCAUGCAUGAUCAACGGAAUCUCGCAGAUCUACCUUCUGAGAUCUUGCAACAUAUCUUUUCUUUUGUUGAUCCUCUUUCACUCGGGUGUUUGAUGUGCGUCAAUCACUCUUUUCAUAUGCUUCUUGAUCCUGCAAUACCUUUACCUGAGCCCUCCGGCCAGGUAAAAAUAUUGAGUCUACGUCGCCAGGACCUCAUAUGGGCUAUAUCUCGCAAGACCUUCAUUCCUAACUUACCCAAACCCAUGGAUGGAGCAACUGAGCUGGAUAUGUGGAAACUUAUUCGCGGUCAUUCUUGCCAAUUUUGCAGAAAGAGGCCAAAUACCAAACCGCCUACACUGGCAUCAGCUCCUUGGAAUGCCGGUCCGGGCUUCAAUGGGGUUCGGCCCAUCUGGCCAUUUCGCGUGCGUUCAUGUAGUAGCUGUUUAGAGCGCAAGAUUAUCAAGAUCAAGGAAUCUGAUUUGCUACUUUCAAGCUCGAACCCAUCCAAGCUAUAUCCUGGCUUACCCUUUGCAUUCUUGACCUCAACGAUGGAUUAUGUGCCAUCUGUUGUCCUCCAACAGAUAGAUCGGCCUCCACGAGUGAAGCUCUCCAAAUGUUAUUAUAUCCCACAAUUGAAAGAACUGGAACUGAAAAUCAAGGACGUCGAAGCGCUCGGAUCUGCAGCCACGGAAGAGUGGUACAAAGGACUCGAGGAAAUUGGAAGACAGUUGAACCAUGAUGCCACAAGAAUGGAUCAAUGGGAACUUCAGGGUGGUCUUGCAAAGACUUCUCGACUUGAACUCAUCGAACACAGGAAUCUCAAGGCUUCCUCUCACGGAAAUUCUAUUAUCCUUUCGCCAGAUCAUGGCGGUCCUUUGAAUACGUCCGUUCACUCGAAACAGUCUAUUGUUUCUGAGGAUCCCGGAAUGCCUUCAAUACCGGUCAAGUUCCAAGGUGAGUAUCUUGCUACUGGAGUCACAAAAAUGCCUUUCAACUUCCUCCAAGAUAGAUCUAACAAAGGUUUCGCAGCUCCACUUCGGCACCCCAGCUCGUUAACGGUUGCGAGUAACCCAGGGCCACCACAUCUUCCGGGUUCUCAUACGGAGAAUUUCCAGGAAGCUUCUCGGCCUCUUCAAGCCUCUGCUGAUGAUAACCCUCGUCCUAUCAAUCGCGCCAAACCAGGACGCACCCAUGAAGAAGCUGAGCGAAUGAAAGGACAGCGGCGCAAAGAGAUUGAGCGGAGAUGUCAAGAGCUCACUCCUCCUAUCAUGCCUGCAACUCUGGAAUUUAUGAAUGCGUUUCAGGCUUCACUUCAAAUCUCACUUCCCAUGGAUGACAAUCAGUGGGCAAUUCUUAGACCUCGUCUUCUGGCACAAAGGAUGGAAGCCCUGCAAAAGCAGACAACCCAGGAACAGUUAUCGCAAAACCCAGCCAUGCAACUCGAGGAACGCGAAUUUGUCGAGCAAGAACAACGCGUCGCUCAAGAAAACAUCGAACAUAUGUGGACUGAGCUCAAAAUCCCUCCGCGCGACAAAAUUGGUCGCUAUGCCCGUAACUUUGUUCGCAACUUCUGGAGAGAUGGGAACGGAGUCACCAAGAACACAAGCAGCAAAUUUGCUGCUGAGGUUCUCUGCCACAUCAGGCAACAAUUUGAAGAGGCCAUUGCUCAGGAAGACAAAGUGCUUGAACUGAAGGGCACUGCUUUCCCACAUGACCCGGCUUCGCUGGCGCUGCGAAAAUUGAACCUGGAGGAUAUGAGAUGGGCUUUCGUGGAAUUCGUCAAGCCCCACACUGACAAAUUUGGUAAAGAGCUCUUUUUAUGCAGUCUAUGCGAUAACACCCAAAAGCUGUUCUCCUUCGAGUCGGUGAUUCAACAUUAUGCUGCAAAGCACACAAAUCAGUUCAGCCGUGGAAAUGCCAUUGUCUACUGGAAAGCCGACUGGCCACUGGACCCUCCUUUUGACCCAUCGCCGAACAUACCAUGGAUACGAGAUGGAACUCAACCUAUGGCACAUAUUAGGAUGCAAGGACAUUAUGCACAACGUGCCUGGACGGCUCCCACUGACCCAGCUCCAACCUAUACUAGCAGCCACCAAAGUUUUAUCAACGAGAUUGUGGCGUUCUUGAGAGAGUCUUGGAGCCUGACAGACGGCAUACCCAACCUCCCAGAAGCUUUGCGGACGUCCGUGGUUGUCCAGCUCACAUGCUCAAGGUUUUCGCAAAAAUUUUAUGAUGACCUCGACCUUCACCUCUUCCUGAAUUGCGUACAGAAUAGACCAGAGGUCGACUUUCUUCUCGGGAUCACCGGUCUACAGUGUAAUGUGUGCUCUCACCGCCCUGAAGUGUCAGGAUGGUCUUCAUCUGGUCGGUCUCUUCCAGAACUACUGACACACUUCCAACGCACGCACAUAGACUUCGAUGCGUCGAGUCAUACAGAGUAUGGGAUACUUUCCUCGGGCUCCAGAACAAGUACCAGUUCUACACGACUAGACUGGAAGAGAGAUAUGAUCUUGGUACCAAGUCGGGCAGAAAUCCAAGCCUUUCUCCAUUCACCAACAAGUGAUCCACAAAAGGUGCAAAUUAUUGCGGAUGUCCUAAAUGCCCCUGCAUAUACGUUGCCAAAGCGAGCCGGUCCGUCGUCUCAAAUGUCACUUUCGGAUUCUGUGCAUUCGCCGGUGAUGCAGCAAGUCGCCCACCUACGCCCAAGAUCGAAUCAUGGUAGCAUCCGAGCCUCCUAUCCGAGUCGGAGCAUUGCUCGUUCAGAAGUAUCUGUGCCCGUAUCAGAGGAUGAAUACGACCCUCAUCGACCAGGACCCUCCUUCAGCGAGGCCCGAAUCAUUCCUAUUCAGUCUCAGGCUCAGGUCUCGUCUUCAGCGCGCGAUCAUUUCCGAGCUCUUUCUGGCAACUCCCCUUCUCUGCCGCUUUCUGAGCACCGUGAGUAUCCCUUGAGGGUUCACGCUGAAGAAAACAGAUGGGGCUUUGUUGGCCACGACCGCGCUAUGUCAGGGGCAUCCCCAGACCGCCAAUCCCAUCAUUCAUCCUGGACUUCGGGCAGGGACGCUCCAGGCAGUCGACAUGAUCUUCCAAUACAAGGACCUCGGUCCGUGGAUAGUCGACCUGGGAGCAAAAUGACGAGUCAUCAUACACUGCAGCGACCCGCGAGUGACGUUCCGAUCACGAGUUCCACGAGCUCAACUCAAACUUUUGCGGCUGGACAGCCAGGAUCAAAUACAGCCGUCUCAGACUUUCUGAAUAGCUUUGAUCCGACUGUACGGGAGGAGGAUAGCAACUCAGAAUCAGCGAUAAGCCGGCAUAGUGCAAGUUUGAGGAGGUUGACGGCACAUGAAUACGCCGCACCAAGACAUGUUUUUGGCCAAGGACUCGACCUUGCGUAUGCUAGUGCGCAUGAGGCAGCUCGGCCUGGAUUCGAAAGAGGACAUAGCCGGCCUGAUACACUUCCGGUGCAUCUUCAAGAGGACAGGCGGUUUGGAGUCAGCGAGGCCGAUUAUCAGACUCAAAUUUAUGUUUCGACCCCAAGGGACCGGCUAGAGGAGCACAGACACCCUCGAAGCAUCAUCAGGGAUCACGGUCAUGUGGAUGAUGUCUCUAGAACACAUCAUCGCACUCGAGAAGAGCCAUACACGCGAUUAUCCCAGGAACAAUUCAGAAAGUAUCAAGAGGCUGAGUACGAAAGGAAUGCCUAUCGUGAGGAGAGAUUUGCCCCUCCUAUAUCUCGAUAUGAAGUGGUAGCGCAGCCACCAAUGGAAUUUUAUCACCAACGGCCCGAUCAACCUGCAGAACGGUUUGUCGAGUCACAUCGUUUAAGGCAGCAAAUAGCCAGCGAUCGUGAUGAAUACAUGAGAGACACAGACGGACACAUUUUGUACGUGCCGGUGGAUCGAAAGUAUUACGAGCAGACGGGAGAACCUGGAUACACUCAUCCCACGCGUGAUAGGCAGAGCGGUUAUACCAAUUACAAUGAUGCACAGUACGUUCGUCAGGGCACCUCGGAGGCGGGCCUAUUGAGUCAUAGCAGCCAACGAGAUUCUCGGCCACGCAGCUAUAGGCCAGACGAUGAGACCCGACCUUACAUGACUGGAUGA